AUGUCCGAAGAGCUCGACCUCGACCUUGACCGGCUCUCCUCUACCGAGAGGUCGGCUUUAGAAACAUACUCAUCUGUGACAGGUCAAGAGCCUGCCGAGGCUAUUGCCUUACUCCGGCGAUCACAAUGGAAUGUACAGAUCGCGAUCGCCAAAUUCUUUGAUGGCGAAGGCCCCGACCCUGUCGAAGAGGCUCGUGAGGCACUCCAGUCGCCCCCUCCAAGGCCAGACCGUCGAGCCCAGAACUUAAUGACGGAUGACCUCACCGAGCAACUCGCGCCAGCUGCCCGAUCAGCAGCAGACCCAGCUCCCCGUGUCAAUACCCAACCCGAAAGCCAACCCGCUUUCCGCCCGCCAUUCAUCCUUGCUCUACUGUUUACUCCCUUCAACCUCGUGUACCGCCUCCUGUACAAUUCGUUCCGUCUAUUUGGCACAUUAUUCCCUUUCCUCCCACGCCUAUUCAACACCACCGCCAAUCCAGCCUUACAGGCGGCACGAAGAAAUACCACCGGCCGUCGACCCUUGGGCCCCAAAGAUACCGCCGCCCGGUUCAUCCGUGAAUUCGACGAGGAGUACGGAUCGCACUCGAUCCCAUUCCUGGAAAAUGGAUACAACAUGGCCUUAGAGAAGUCCCACCGGGACUUGAAGUAUCUUCUGAUCGUGCUUCUUGCACCAGAACACGAUGACACGAGCGGCUGGGUACGCGAUACGCUGCUAGCACCCGAGGUCGUGGAGUUCAUCAACGACCCGCAAAACAACCUUCUGGUGUGGGGCGGGAGUGUCCAGGACUCCGAGGCAUAUCAAGUGGCCAAUUCGCUGAAAUGCACCAAGUUCCCCUUUGCCGCGGUCGUCGUCCACACUCCCAAUGUGUCGUCGACGGCGAUGUCCGUGGUCGGCCGCAUCGCGGGAACCACUUCACCAUCGGAGUUCACGACUAAACUCCGUGCUAUCACCUCCACGAAUCAGGAGCCGCUCGAGCGGAUUCGCGCUACCCGGGCUGAACAGCAGGCGUCUCGCAGCUUGCGUGAAGAGCAGGACUCUGCCUACGAACGAUCACUGGCAAUUGACCGCGAGCGGGCGCGUCAGCGUCGGGAGGCCGAGGCUGCACGAGAGCGUGAAGAGCAGGAGGCGGCUGACCGACAGGCGGCUGAAGAGAAGAAGCAGCGCGAUUUAGGACAGUGGAAGCAAUGGCGCGCACAGUCUCUUGGCACCGAGCCUGGGACCGAUGUGAAGGAAGCGGUGCGCGUGAGCGUGCGACUACCCUCUGGGGAGCGAAUUAUGCGCCGAUUUGCGCCUGAGGCCGAUAUUGAAGAGCUCUAUGCUGUAGUGGAAUGCUACGAGGUGUUACAGGAUGAGUCAAGACCCACUAAUGUAAGGAAGCCCGAAGGAUUCACACAUGAGUACGGAUUUCGAUUAGUGUCCCCCAUGCCCCGAGCAGUUUAUGCAGUUCAGGAGGGCGGGACGAUCCGAGAGAAGAUCGGGCGGGGUGGCAAUCUUUUAGUGGAGCCAAUUGAGGAGGAAGAGGAGGAAGAGGGAGACGGCGAAGCAGAGGAAGUUAGAGAAGGGGGGACGGAGGUUUCGUCAUGA